AAAAUGAGGGGAAGAAAAAAAAAAAGGAAAAAGAAAAACGGCAGAAUAAGCGAAAAUAAGCAGAAAGUCUAAAAACAGCUAGAGGCCAAAAGACGGCACAAAGCGAGAUUGGCCAGUCGGGGUGGAUGGGCAGGCAGUUCUCACGAUAUUGUCCUGAACUGGAAUGAGAAGAUCAGUCAGUCUGAUGGCAAGUCAGUCUGAAUCUCCAUCGAUUCUCCAAAUAAGAAUAAACAAGAGCAAAUAAGAUAUUCGACGUGGAGAAUUUCAACUGAAAAUCUCCACUUGAAAUUCUCCUUCUUGGCUGCCGUUUUGGGUUAGCGCCAUCACAAUCAGGAUGAAAGAAUAUAAAAAAAUAUAAGAGAAGAAGAUGAAGAGAAGAAAAGAAUCAAUUCAGAAUAGAUAGAAUGGACAGGGUAACCCUCAUCAGUCCUCCCUCGCAUCCCAUCUACGAGGAUGGCGACUCGUGCAGCCAUCCUCUGUCCGCCGCCAUCCAUCUCUAUGCAGACUCUCCACUUCUCUCUCUACACAUCGCCCUCGUCAGAACAAUCUCUCUCAGUCCAACACAAAAUAAAAAACUAUGGUUCAUUCCUAGCAAGCCAAACGGCCCUCCAAAGCAAUUCACCGAUGAGGUCCUCUCUCUAAAUCUCGCCACAACGCCAAUCUCCGCCGAAAUCGGCCCGGAUGGCGUUCUAUCACGAUAUGAAUUCACCCUCUCUAUACCAAGUGAUAUUCCGGAAACGAUCAACACGCCAGAGUCAAUCAUCUCUUAUGCAUUAAUAGCCUCAGCAACAACAUCCAGCCAAACAUUAACCGAUUGCCAGCCUCUUCAUCUCUCACGACUCAAAAUUCAUGAUCCUUGGGAGGAUAUCAACCACUUUCGAAGCUUUCCAAACUCGCCAAUCAAGGCUCAAUAUGCUGUGCAUCCGCAAUUGUCGGAGGAUAAGAAGAGGUUCUCUGGCGAAGUUGUGUUGCGAAACAUUGCCAGACCAGGUCCACGGCAUUCAGAGUUGACGAGAAUAGUGGUUGAAACACUGCGAUGGCGAGUUGACGAGAUUGAGCAAUGGAAGACGCCCGAGGACGAUACACGCGUGCGACGAGUAGCAAAAGGCUGCCGGAAAUGGCGGAGAGGAUUGAGUGUCUCAGAUUUCAAAGAGACAGACAUCACCAUUCCAUAUGAGAUCAACAUCGACCAUGCGUUGAAUGACUUUCACGCUGAAGACCAAUCCACACCAACACUCUCCAUCCGACAUCAACUCACCGUCGAGAUCAUCACCGGCAAAGAGACCAUCGAUCAAAGCACAGGCUAUCUAGUAGCCAGAAAGAGAGCCACCCAAAAGUUUGGAGCAACAAUACCCCUUCCCAUCCACGAAUACGCACCAAGCGAAGCCAUCGUCAAGCAAUUCGAGCCCUCCUUCUGGAUGCCCCCCGGCUAUGAGCAAAUAUCAAUCCCACCCCCGGAAUAUCAAGAAUAAACGAUUAAAAAUAGUCCAGUUAAAUAUAUACCCAGCAAAUGUACAGAAUAAGGAAUCUCGCUACUUUUCAAUAUACAUGCGUGCCUCUCUAGCUCUUCACCAGCCAUCCCAUUCCACCAGCGAUAAAUACAAUCAUUA